CGACAACAGGACCUACGGCGUGGCGCUGGGACGGCACAACCUCUACAUUGCGGAGUCUGGCUCGCUGCUCGUCAGUGUCUCUCUGAUUGUGGUGCAUCCGAAAUGGAACUCCAGCGAUGUCUCCAAAGGGUGCGACAUUGCCCUGCUCAAACUGGCUCACCCCGUCUCCCUCACCGACAAGAUCCAGCUGGCCUGCCUCCCUCCUGCCGGCGCCAUUCUACCCAACAACUACCCCUGCUACGUCACGGGCUGGGGAUAUCUGCAUAACCACCCCAACAGCGGGAAGACGGAGCCAGGAGACUCUGGCGGGCCGCUGAACUGUCAGGCAGCUGACGGCCGGUGGGAGGUGCAUGGCAUCGUCAGCUUUGGGUCUAGCCUCGGCUGCAACAACCCCCAGGAGCCGUCCGUCUUCACACGGGUCUCCAAAUACAUUGACUGGAUCAAUUCG